UGUGAACGUCGUCCGUAUGAUUUACAUCUAUCAGCAGGCAGGUCGCGGCACCGGAAGAAAGGUAAGAGAGUAAGGUUGUCUGGAGCAGCAUGCAACUAGUGGUUGACGAAAAGCAAGUAGCAAGAACAUGUUGCACUAGCAAACGAACUAGUUUUGUUGUCGAUCCAGAAUCGACGCGCGAGUGAAGAAAUGUGGCGGCUUCGAAAAAAGCGGAAAAAUAGUGGUUUAUUUGCACUUUUUUGGUUUCUGCUUCGCAGCUUUUGCUUACUACACCUCCAGCACCAAAGUCACCUGGUGUCGCUGCACGUUUUCGCCGCCAACCUUUUCCGCCAGCCUUUUCAAGCCUUUCGGUAUUACCACGCGCCGGCAGCUCCUACUGAUGGCGCAACAUUGCAUCAUGCCGACCGCGCACCGCCCAGGGGCCGGACCGCAGCACAAGAGCCGCAGGAGAACUCGUCUGACAGAAGCCAGCAUGGACCGCAAGGACAGCAUCGCUCGCCGCUCCUUCGUCCUCUGCGUGGCCCUGCUGCUCGACGCAGCAGAGAGCGUCAGCACCAUCUCAACCCCCAUGAGUCAGAUCAACAGCAGCGGCAGUGCUCGGUUUGUCUGGAACCGCACAGCGCGUCGUCCGGCGUCCAGGUCGACCAUCAGCCGUACACGUGCCAGCACCAGUUUUGCCGGAAGUGCUUCGAAGUCGACGACAGUUGUAACGACCCGAAUGCCAAAAUCUUCAGUCUGAAGAAGUGCCCCCUGUGUCGCGCUUUGCCGAACGGCAUCUCCGAGGUGUUCGAAAGCACAGUUGCGGCGAGUAGCAGCCUGUUCAAUUUUCUCCAGGCUGAUGAGCAUCGGUGGGUUCCGGCGCAGCAGGGCUGCUUUAACAUUAACGAAGAUGAUCAUGAUCCCAAUACGUCUACAGACGGACCACGCGGCCAAGGAGCACGAGACCACUUGCGCCGGGCAGCUUUUUUGAAGCACAAAGCUUCCGUCUUGCGGUACGUCUUAAUGCACCAGACCGAGCGGCUGCCGCAAAAUCCGGACGACAUCUUCGACGGCGACAAUGACCCGGAUUUUUUUCAGAAUCGCUGCCGUCGGAAGUUCUGCGAUUGCCUGUACUACGAACUCCUGCUCAGGGCUCCAGCAGGGCCGACGUCCAGAAGUAGUACCGCAGACGAUCGAGAUAGUAAUCUUGGUCAUCUGGUAGAUGAACAACAACAAUUGCAUCAAGAACAUGACGUUGCCGAUGCGGAACAAGAAGUUGGAGCUCCUUCCGCCCCGUGCAGAGCCUCCUCGAUGAGUUCCACCGCCACACCGGUGUCCCUCGCUUCCACCGAGGCGCCGGCGGACGCCCAAGGACUACAGCAGCAAGAGCAACUGCGGAGGUCCUCCGCUUCAUUUGAUGUUCACCCCGGUGCAGCUGCAGUUGCAGAGCAGGACCAAGAUGUUGACGGCCGGAAGCUGCACAACUUCUUGCGACUGUUCAACCACCUGCUUUCCGUAAACGAGAACUUUCCCGUGGAAGAGCCGGUAGUUUUUUUCGACCUCGUCAGUCCCGAGCUCAUCACAAAGUGGAUUUUCGAGCAGCGCAGCAGUUCCAGCGUGGAUUGGGCGACCGAAAUCAAACCCUUUCGGCUCCGAGGAGUAGAGGCAAACGACAUCAGCCACGGCGGCGGCGAGUUCGUGUACGCGUUUAUCCACCGGAGUCGCGGUCUGGCGCUGUGGACACCCUCGCGCGCGCUCGCGAUCUACACUGUUUUCGACGAAAGCCAAGACCCGACCUCGGUAGAAGACGAGGGAGGCACCACGAGAGACGGGGAAGUGGAAGGCUUCGUGUUGUUGGACGACAAUUUGUCGCGGAUUUUUACGCAGGAACGCCUGAAGAAAUACUGGCGCGAGACCGUGCAGCGAGGACACAAUCAGGACGAUGGAGGCCGCGUGGUGUGGCGUCGCAACAAUAACGGGUCGCACCUUCGUGGGCAGUAUAUCGAGAGAAAAAAAAACAACUCUUCCUUGACGUAGACCUUGAAAUCUUGACUGUUGUGAAGAGUCGGAGAUCGAUGCUAUGCAUACAACCUGAUAGAUGAUUUGUACUGUGUUGAGCUGUGUAUAGAGCUCGCUCUUGCGCGCCAAAAAGUUCCAUUUGACUUCAAGCAAAGGCAUGUAUCAGAAGCCCGACACUUGUUCUUGCCUUGUCAGAGGUCACGAAAAAAGCACACGCAGCGCUUUUUCACCAAAAAUGGGAUCAAAUCACGGUGAAAAAAAAGCAAGCAGAAAGCGCAAGCAGACACGGAAACAAAGGAAGUUUUUUUCUCCACUGCUCAAUAGCCCACGACCAAGCGCGCCGACGUUUCGACGACGAAAUGACUCGGGUGCAGCAGAAUUUUGCUGCAGCUCUUGACGACCCGGAGGAGGAUGAGCACCGAAACGAAUCCGACUGUAGGUACGUUUUCCGGAAGUGCCGGGAGUGCCCGCUGCUGGUCUUCCACAUCGCGACCGGCGUGGCGCUGGGGAUAUUCACCGGCCUCUGUCCGGUGGAGGGGACUCUCCCCGACGAAUCGCACGAGACGGCGCACUACCACUUCUGCGAGAGGUCCCACGCCCGCUGCGUGGUGCUGGGUGCCUGGAUUCUGGCGAGCGGCCUCAUCGCCUUCAAACCCUGCGUGCAGAACUACUGCUUCUCGGAGCAGCUCCGCAACUUCGUGCGGAGCGCGAGAACCCGGCUCGGGCUGCGGAACGAAGACUACGGGGUGCCGCUGGUGGAUAUCGAGGAGCCGCCCUUCCUGCUGCGCGAAAUCGAGGAGCGAUAUCGCCGGAACCAGGCCCUGGCUCUCAGCAUGGACCACAACACUUUGGAUUUCGACAUGUUGCAGGCCGAGCGCGCGCUGCGGAACGAACAGUUGUCGCGCCAAUACGAGCAUCGGCAGGAAGCAGCGCGGUGGAACCGCGGGCUGGAGUUUCAAAUGCGGUUGCAGGCCGACGCGCUCGCGGGCCGCGGUUUGGCCGCACGGUCCAGUUUCGGGAGGCAGUUGGCGGCCACAUUUCGCCGCCAGUACGGGGGAGCGGAUGCGGUGGACCACGGCGGGAACGCCCUCGCACCUCCACCGUACCCCGAUGCGCAUGGCAACGGAGGCCCGACCAUCGAGAUGUACCCCGAGCCGCAGACCAGCCGCACCAAUUCCGGACAUUCACAAAGCAGCAGCCCAACGCCCGUGUUGUUGUCGCCGCGCGGUCGGAAUGAGUUGUACUCAGGGCCGUUUGCCGAGGAACGGGCAAGGGGCUGGGGGUAUGCAUAGAACGAACGCGAUCACGACUGCGUUUGAUGCGGGCACAGCACCGUUGACAAUUGAGACGCAACCCAUCGCGCCGCUCGCUUUUGAAAGAGCGCAAAUAACAUGAGAAUACAACAAAUGUACAAAAAAAUUUUGGAUUUGAAGAUAAUUUGUCUUUGUCUACAUACGACUUACACUAUCUAUUGACUUUUUGCGAAAUGGAGAGAAUACUUAUGGCAUUUCUCGUCGGUCUGUAUCAGUGAUGCUUCUGCUUUUCUGCGUUACAAGAUUAAGAGAAAAUCCAACUUCCUGCACUGUCCACAAGUAGUUAAUUCUAACGCUUAUUCUAAUUGCCUCAAAUGCAAAUCAUGUUAGCUUGUUGAGGUCCAGGCUACAGUUUUUCUAUCGCAACUGCAGGGGUGUUGGGAGCGGGCACCAAGCCGCGAGUCAUUCCUGUGGCACAGUAUCACAUUGGAUUGGUUGUCGUGGCCAUGCUGCACGUUCUGCGAUUUUCUGGCUGCAAAAAGAGUAUUUGAGGAGUAGGUUGACAACUUCCAGUAU